AUGAAUACAACUGAAGUUUAUCAAAAGUUAACUAAAUUGGGGUUAUUGUAUGGAGAAACGUUCAGAAGAACCAACAAAAUAUCAUUCAACAAAGAUGGUAAAAUCUUGUCAGAGAUUGAAUGCAAAUCAAGAAACCAUUUUGAAGAAUCAAAUACAGUUUUAAAUGCAUCAGUUUUGGAUUGCCUAUUACAUUCUUGUAUUGUAACAUUUAGAGGUGAACAUCAAAAGUGUGAAGUUGUAUUUGAUAGAGUCAAAGAUUUCCACAUCUACUCUAAUAAUAUUCCAAACCAUCCAUGUCACUCAUUGUUUAUUACAACCAAACAUGAAACCGUCAAUCCUCAAAAAGGAAAUGAAUUUAAACAAUCAAUGGAUAUUAUUGAUCGAGAUGGAAAUACAGUGAUCAAAUGUGGAGAAAUGGUAUGCACAUCGUUGACAAAAGUAUUAAAAGUACAUCAUGCCAAACAUCCAUCUAAAUUUGUCAAACAAGCUAUUUGGCAACCCAAAAAUGCACCAUCAACAAUUGCUUUACCUCUAGACACUAUCAAAUAUUUUGGAACAUUCUUGGAAUCAGCAUCGACCUCUCACAGAAUCAUCAGAAUACUCGAUUUUGGAUUCCACUAUGGUAUCACAAUAGAUCUCGUCAAUAGUAUUCAUUCAUUUUUAGAGUCCAAUCCCAACACGAUCAUUGAUUUUAUCACACAUGAUAGCACUCUAUCGAUUUAUCUUCAAAAAGAUAAUCUGUUGAUUAAAUCGUAUCCAGAAAUCAAUACGACCAGAUCAUUAACGGAUCAAGGAUUCCUUUCAACUAGUUUUGAUUUAAUUCUAUCAACUUUGGAAUACAUCACUGAAAACAAUCAAAUGGUUGGUGAAUUUGAAAGAUUAUUAAAUCCAAAUGGUCAACUUGUCAUCAUCAACACUACAUCAAAUAAUGAAUCAACACUCAUCAUCGAUGAUAAUAUGAUGGAACCAAUCAAUAAUAUUUUCAAAGAUCAACAACUCAAUAUUACUCAUAGUAAUUAUAAUAUACAAUCACCUGAUGAAAUUGUAUUGAUUGGAAGAAAACCAAGUGUUGAAGAAGUCAAUAUUGCCAAGUUUGAUAAUUUAUUAUUUAUCACUCCAUCUUCCCCAUCCUCUUCAUCAAUUGCAACAAGAUUAAUUCAACAAUCAUCAACAACAUUUGUUGCCAAGAAAAUCAGUUUCUUUUCAAAUGAUGAUAUAAUGGAUGAAUGUAAAUAUCAAUCAUUAUUAGAAUCUAUAUCAUAUGAUAGUGUAGAUGGUUGUAACAAAGUUGGAAUAAUCUAUUUGGAAUCAUUGGAAGAAAUGAACUCAUCGAAUCUUGAACUCAAAUCGAUGCAACUCAUCAGAUUACAUCAAAUCAUCAGAAAGGAACAACUACCAAUCAAAUUAAUAACAUUGAUAGCUGGUCAAUUAAAUCAUUGUCUCAGAGUGAUUCCAAGAGAAUAUGGCUCAAAAUCAAGAGGUGAAACCUUCCACUUUGACUCUGUGACAAUCAUUUUAGAUGGCAAUGAUAGUUUUAAUCAAGUAUCACUUGAACAUAUUCUACAAUGUUCAAACUCUGAAUACAUUGGAGAGAGUGAUCUUAAACUAUGUCAAAAUAAUCAAGAUAUUCAACUAUUGGUUGAAAGAAUAAUUGAAUCUCCUCAAUUAUUAGAAUUGGAUCCAAAACUUUCGACUAACACCCAAGAUAUGAAAUUAAUAUUUGAAAUGGACAACAAGUAUCAUAUCAGACAAAAGAAUGAAAUGUUAUUGGAUGACGAGGUAGAAUUCCAAGUCAAAGCAGCAUCUAUCAAUUUUAAAGAUUUAAUGAUUUUAGAAGGCAAAGUAGAUCAAAGAUUAUUCCCAAUUGGUGAUACAUACAAUCCACCACUUGGUACAGAUUCAUCAGGUAUUGUAACAAGAAUAGGAUCAAAAGUUACAAAAUUCAAAGUUGGUGAUGAGGUUUAUGGUAAUUCUGUUGGUUUUGCUUCAUCAACAGUAACCUUUGAAGAUAUGAUUGUUUCAAAACCAAAAGAACUAUCAUUUGUUGAAGCAGCAUCAUUACCAUUGUCAAUGGGAACUGCUUGUUUGGUACUAUUCAAAAAGGCAAAUAUUGAAUGCUCAGAAUCUAUUCUCAUUCACAGUGCAACAGGUGGUGUUGGAUUGGGAAUGUUAAACCUUUUAAAAUUCAAAAAACAUACUGGAAAUAUAUUUGUAACUGUUGGAUCAGAAGAAAAGAAAUCAUACCUUGAAAAACAUUAUGGUUCAUUUAUCACUGCUAUUUUAGAGUAUGACAGCUUCUCUGAAACUAUCAUGGAACUUACCAAAGGUAAUGGAGUCAAUUAUGUCAUCAACACAUUAGACUAUACAAGAAUGCAAGAUAAUUUCAAAUGCCUUUCAGAAAAUGGUGUGGUUAUUGACUUGUCAGUCGAUCAAUUCUUCCAAGUUCGAGAUAUCGAUAUGGGAUCACUCAACUAUGACAAAGGUUACCUAACAUACCACUUUUCACGUAAACAAAUGAAUAUCCACAACAAGAUUAAAAAAAUGGUAGGAGAAGGAUUACAACUACCUCCGAUCACCAUUUUCCAGAGCAACCAAAUUGUUCAAGCAUUUGACCAUGUCCGUUCAAGAAAACAUAUUGGAAAGGUUGUUAUUGACUUUGAAAAUGUUCAAACAGAUGUCAUUGAUCCAAUGUUAUCACAACCACAUAAACCAUUGGAAAAAAGUCAUUACAAUUUGGAAGGUAUUGGAGAAACACUUUUAAUAUCUGGUCAGACUGGUAUUGCAGUAGAAUCACUUGGAUAUCUCGUUAAACAUUCAACGCAACUAAGAGAUAUUAUUGUUGUCACAUAUUCAUCUGCCAAAUUUGAAAUUCAAUUAUUGGUCAAUGAAAUUAGAAAGAAUUACAGUCAUAUUACACUACACUUUGUUCAAUGUGAUAUUGGAGAUUAUGAUCAACUCAAAUCAUCGAUAUUGGAUCUUUACCAAAGAAUACCAACCAUCAAGCCAGUGUCUGUAGUCAUUCAUUGUGCCAAUACAUAUAUGACCAUUAAAGCUGAUGAUAUUGAUAUGGAGAGACAUCAUACAGCGAUGUCAGGUAAAGCAACAGGUGCAUUUAAUCUUCACAAUCUAUUUGUAGAACUAGAUUGGAAACUAAACCAUUUCCACAUGUUAUCAUCGAUUGCUCAAUAUAUUCCAGUCGAUGGUUUGAGUUAUUCAAUUGGAAAUGCAUUCCUUGAUGGAUUGGCAAGACAUAGAAGAGAACGCGGACUGAAUUCAACCUCUGUCAAUUGGGGAAGUAUUGGACAAACUGGAAAAGUAGCAUCUGAUAGAGGUGUUGGUUUGGUGUUACAUUCAUUUGGUCUAGCAAUGAUGCCAUUGUCAGCAAUCUAUGGUAUAUUUAGAAGUUCAUUUAUCAACAAAACCACACCAAUCACCAAUCUAAUUUGUGCAGAUGUUCAACCUAAAAGUCUUGUCUCUGAAUUACCAUAUCUAGAACAUGUCUAUGCUCACUAUUUAAAUAUCUCUAGUAACAACAAUGGUAACCAAUUAGAUGCAAGUGCAGGAUCAAUAGACAACAAGAUAUUAGACUUUAUUUCAGAGACACUAUCAAUCGAGAAACAUUUACUCAACGGUGACACCAAACUCAAAGAUUAUGGUGUCGAUUCAAUGACUGCCAUUCAAAUCAAAGGUCAAAUUGAAGUAGAGUUUAACAAACCACACAUCCUCAACCAAUCACAUAUUUCUAAUGGAACUAUUAAUUCAAUUAUUGAAAGUGUUAAAAAGAGUUUGAAAUAA